CCGAGAUUUGGGCAAUAGCAUUGUGAGUGGCUUCCAGCUAGCAACCCUCUCUGGCCCCAUGUGUGAAGAGCCUCUCAUGGGUGUCUGCUUUGUUCUGGAAAAAUGGGACGUAAGUAAAUUUGAGGAACAAGAAACAAGUGAUAAACAGAAUCAAGAACAAAGUGAUCUGGUGAAAGGGGGACAGGGAGAAGUUAAAACCUGUUCUGGUAGAGAUGAAAACCAAGAGCAGCAAGAUGACUGCUCAGAGCUCUUUGAGAAGAGGACAGCCCAGAAAGGGGAAUCUCCACUCACUGACUGCUACGGACCUUUCUCGGGACAGCUCAUUGCCACCAUGAAAGAAGCAUGUCGCUAUGCACUGCAGGUGAAACCUCAGCGUCUGAUGGCAGCUAUGUACACAUGUGACAUCAUGGCUACGGGUGAUGUUCUCGGUCGAGUCUAUGCUGUCUUGUCAAAGAGAGAAGGUCGAGUGCUUCAAGAAGAAAUGAAAGAAGGGACAGACAUGUUCAUCAUCAAGGCUGUGCUGCCUGUUGCUGAAAGCUUUGGUUUUGCUGAUGAAAUCAGGAAGAGGACGAGUGGCCUGGCCAGCCCACAGCUGGUGUUCAGCCACUGGGAGAUCAUUCCCAGCGACCCCUUCUGGGUGCCGACCACUGAGGAGGAGUACCUGCACUUUGGGGAAAAGGCCGACUCUGAGAAUCAGGCCCGGAAGUACAUGAACGCGGUGCGAAAGCGGAAGGGGCUUUAUGUGGAAGAAAAGAUCGUGGAGCAUGCAGAAAAGCAAAGAACACUCAGCAAAAAUAAGUAGCUACGACUACUGGUGGAUUAUUUUCUUUAUGAUGAAUGAAAAAGUAUCAUCAAGUUUUAAUAUUGGGAAAAUUUCUUUUUGCUGCGUUAUCUCUGUGCAUUCACUUUAAAUAAACUUGAUCCAUAU